AUGCGGUGGAAGGGUUCGCUUGAACAGUUGUUUGGAAUUAUGUGGAUGAAAGAAGCCAAAAAUAAUAUUUUGCUGGUGAUGCAGUUGGAUAUCAUUAUCCGACUGCUAAAUUCUGAUAAUCGGGCGAAGCAACCUGAUAAGGAGUACCGCGGUUUACCGAGGACACGAACAGAUUUAGCACUGUCAUCUGAUGCAUCACUGAUCUUACUAAAUGGCACUUUGAAUCACGAAAAAGCAUCAUAUUCUCCUGUUGAAUGGUACAAGGGAAGCAGUAAAUGA